UGCACCGUUUAAGGUGGAACGGGACAAUUGCACCGAGAGGCUGGCGAGCAGGAAGCCAACUUCAGCCUCGUCUUUUUUUCGCAGGUUUAUUUUCUAACCUCGUCUACUGGCGCCCACAGCCAGAUGGCAAACCAUUACAAGACCCCACCCCGAGCGCUCAGUCGUGAUUUCUGAUUUUGGGCCGCGUCUUGUGAUCAAUUUCCCGAGAAAUAAAAUGUCCGCCAGCUCGCUAAGCUAAGCUAGCGAAGUUUCGCUGGCUGCUCUACCUUUAGCUUCGCUGCUCAAACCGCCUCGCUUCCCCAGCUUCUCUGUGCGGCCGUGGUGAGUUUUUUUGGUUUUAAAUGCACAAUUUCAGCACAAAAGUAGGCGUUAGUGUUGUUGUCAAGCGCGUGUGCGCGGUGUUUACAUCAGGUUGAUCGGCUGUUUGGGCUACUAGUUAAGCUAGCUGUUAGCUCAGCCAGCGGAUUGACUAACGGCUGCCUGGACAAACGGAGACGGCGUGUGAUCAUUUCUGCAGACCUGUGAUCCAGGGAUACCAGGCACGUUUCCUCUCCACCCAUCACCCCGUUGUCAGGCUCCUGGCCAUGAGCGCAGCCUGAGUACCUGAGCGAGGCAGGCGUGAUUAAAAUGGCUGCAGAGCUUUAUCCUGCCAAGAAACUGCCCCCCGUGACCGCCAGCGCUGUGCAGCAGUACCAGCAGCAGAACAUCAGCAACAACAAUACCAUUCAGGGCUGCAACUGGCAAGGCCUGUAUCCCACCAUCAGAGAGAGGAACGCGGUCAUGUUUAACAAUGAGCUGAUGGCGGACGUGCACUUCGUGGUCGGCCCUCCAGGGGGGACGCAGAGAGUGCCAGGACACAAGUAUGUCCUGGCUGUAGGGAGUUCUGUAUUCCAUGCAAUGUUUUAUGGAGAACUAGCGGAGGGUGAGGAUGAGAUCCGCAUCCCUGAUGUCGAGCCGCCCUCCUUCCUCGCCAUGCUCAAGUAUAUUUACUGUGAUGAGAUCGAUCUGUGUGCUGACACUGUUCUCGCCACUCUCUACGCUGCUAAGAAGUACAUUGUGCCUCAUUUGGCUCGGGCCUGCGUGACGUUUUUGGAGACGAGUCUGAGUGCGCGUAACGCCUGCGUGCUGCUGUCUCAGAGCUGCUUGUUUGAGGAGCCGGACCUGACACAGCGCUGCUGGGAGGUGAUUGACGCACAGGCAGAGCUGGCGCUGCGCUCUGAGGGCUUCUGUGACAUUGACUCUCAGACGCUGGAGAGCAUCCUGCGCCGAGAGACCCUCAACGCCAAGGAGACUGUGGUGCUGGAAGCGGCACUGAACUGGGCCGAGGCCGAGUGCCACCGACAGGAGCUGCAACCCACCAUGGAGAACAAGAGGCUGGUCCUGGGCAAGGCCGUCUACCUGAUCAGGAUACCAGCCAUGUCCCUGGAUGACUUUGCUAAUGGUGUGGCGCAGUCUGGUGUGCUGACGCUCAAUGAGACUAAUGACAUCUUCCUGUGGUUCACAGCGGCAAGAAAGCCUGAACUUCCUUUCGUCUGCAACCCUCGAAAAGGCCUGACGCCGCAGAAGUGCCACCGAUUUCAGUCAUGCGCCUAUCGCAGCAACCAGUGGCGGUACCGCGGACGCUGCGACAGCAUCCAGUUCGCCGUGGAUAAGCGAGUUUUCAUCGCUGGCUUCGGUCUGUAUGGCUCCAGCUGCGGCUCGGCUGAGUACCAGGCCAAGAUUGAGCUCAAGAGGCAAGGAGUUACUCUUGGCCUGGCCGUAAUCAAGUACUUCUCCGAUGGCUCCAGCAGCACGUUCCCCGUGUUCUUUGAGUACCCUGUGCAGGUAGAACCAGACACGUUCUACACAGCCAGUGUGGUGCUGGAUGGGAAUGAGCUGAGCUACUUUGGCCAGGAAGGUAUGACAGAAGUGCAGUGCGGAAAGGUCACCUUCCAGUUCCAGUGUUCCUCGGACAGUACCAACGGGACGGGUGUGCAGGGGGGCCAGAUACCCGAACUCAUAUUUUAUGCCUGAGAAAUAAGAUCAAACCAUUCUUCGUCUGAGGGAGGGUGGGUAAAAGGUGCCACUUGACAAUCUUCUACAACAUUGGUCCUGUAGUACACUCUUACAACAAUGUUUCUAAACAGUUCUCCUACCCCUAACCUGCUUUAGAGGUGCCCAUGUCGAGUCCAAGUGAUCUGCCAGCCCAGAGAGUUUAGUUCCAGCCCCAGUCUUAACAUGUAAGUAAUGUUCAGCAGCAGCAUUUGAAUAUUACAGCCAGAUAAUGAUGCUCAUUGCUAAUAUUAGAAUCGUUCAAUCUAAAUGAAUCCCUUCAAGCUGAUUUACAUAAAUUUACAUUUUAGGGUUCACCUGUCACAUCCAGAAAGGGCUGGUGUGGCUGCAGGUUUUCAUUCCAGUCUUGCAGAACCACACAUCAUAUAACUAACCCCCUGUUUAAAGACGCUGCAUUGGACGGAUGCUUGUAGCUGGGAGUUUUCCUCUGACUGGGAAAAUUCAAAGACAGUAUCCUCUCAGCUGGAGAUACCUGCUUGGAAAGUUGAAAUCCAUGCUCGGCGUAUGACGAGUCAACAUCACACCAAUAGUGAUUAAGAAUCCCUUCUGUACUUUUAAACGAGGCCAGCUGUAGAUCAGCCGUGAAGUGCUCUGUUUCAGGAGGUAAAUAAAUCGAGAAAGUUAAAGUUAUCACUCAUCGCUAACGUCAUUUCAGUAGCUUGGAGAUGGCCCAUGUUUUUUCACACUUAAAUGCUUGGCGGUCAAAAGUGACACGGUCUCGCGCUACGUUCACUUGGGAAGUCGGAGCUGCUCGGAGCUAAUUGAUGAAACCUGCAGCCUUUUGUGGAGAAGACUGGUGACCCUGGUUUAUAUAUUUAGUGUGAAGUAAACGCAAAUUACAUGCAACUUCAUGCCUGGAUAUCACAACUGUCUGAAUAGAGUAGAGCCCCCUAAUACGUUAGAAGUAAAUUAGUCUUUUUUUAAUUGAGCCUAGUCUGUUUAUUCAUGUUAUUCAGCUGCUGUUGUGAAUUUGCCCUAAGAAUCAAAACCUCUUCAGGGCUGAAGGCAGGUAACGGUCAUAAUGCGUAAAAGGUUGAGCAGUAAAUCUCUCUCUGUUCUCCAAAUGCUUUCCUCAGUGGUAUUGAUUAAAAAAAAAUAGUGCAUCAAAUUUCAGCUGCAAUUCUUCAGUUCUGCACAAUUAUAUGAAGCGUGAGUCGUUCUGAUUGGAGAGAGCUGAGUCCAGUAUGUGAUGACACCGAGAACUUCGAAACCUUUGCUUCAAACACAUUAAUUCCAAAAUAAUUGAAUGUUUGGAGUGGCGAUGCUUUUCUCUGCCGUCACUACAGCCAGGGGUGUCGACUGAACUAAACUCUCCAGGGUAGCAGAUCACCAGGUCACCAGUUGGGCACCUCUGCUCAAUGUUGUGCAGAAGGUUCUGUAGGUUCUCUUCACAUCUGCACAUUGUAGUCUUACCGUUUUAUCACACAUGCUUCAGUUCAGGAAGGGCUAUUAAUUCGUGGGUCGGUUGGAUUGAAUGUGAGUAGAAUAUCAAAGCAUGUUGGCCAGAGCUACUGCAGGACCAGGGUUGUGGAGCACUGUCCUUGAGACAGUGUCCUGUACAGAUUACAUUUGUGGUGGUUGUUUGAAGACCAUGAAACACUAGUGGCAAUGUAGUACUUUUUGCAGUAAUUGUUCAGAUUUGCUUCUAAAACACUCCCACCGCCACGCACACACCGUCUUGCCUCAAAGAUGUUUCAUCUGUGUAUAUGAUGCACAAUUUGGCAUCUCACAAGCAACAGAUCAGUGAUAGCAGACACUGCUGAGGGCUGGAGCGGUCAGAAUCUGUAACGGGCAGAACGUUCUGGACUUUCACUUUCCCCGAGCUCUGAACGGUGUUAAUUCAGAACUCAGAAUAUUUGAAUUCCCCAAGUGGCGCUGGAUUCAUGAAAGUGUCUUAAAGAAAGAAAAUGUUCUGAAAUGUUUGUUUUCUUAACUUCAUUAGUACAAAAAAAAGUUCUAAGAAAACGAGUGCACUUAUAUGUAGUGCACUCAAUCGAAUUUCUGCAGUUAUCUGAUUAUUAACAUGGCCAUGUAACCACCAUACGCAGAUGAAGAAAUCUGAUGAAGAGGCUGGAUAUUAGCUCAGUAAUCAGAUUUGUCAGUGAACUCUUACUCGGAUAUCUUUCAGAUUUCUCAGUCUGCAUGUGCGAAAACAGAUGGCGGUACCGGAAAUAACACUUUAGGAGCAACACAAACAAAAUACGCGCUUGACGAAAAGAAGGAUUUAAAUACUCUUCAUCUUCGAGAUGGUAUAUGUUGAUAUUUUCAGGUAAAGUGGUACAGUAUGAAGUUUGAGUUUUACUUCACGUUAUUUCACGUCGUCUUCUGUGUGUUUACUGGCUGGUUGUAAAGCAGAAAUCUGAUCACCUCCUGACUCCAGUGCAUGUAAACGUGCUGAUCGGAUUACUGACAAAAUCUGAUUUUCUGCAGUUAUCAGAUUAUUAAGUGCAUGUAAACACAGUUAUUCUUCAAAUUACUUGAGUUAUCUUAUUUUCUUAACUAAUUUCUUAAUAAUUCUUUAAAAACAUUGUUUUUAAAUGUUUUCUUCACCUUACGACAGCUUCACACUUGAUUUAGGCAGUGAGAGUUCACAAGGUCACCUCUGCUGCUCCUCCUCGUCCGUCACCCCACACCUAUUCAAUUUUUCAAUGAUGAUUUUCUUUAGAAAAUCUUGAAGUAAUUGAUCAUCUCCAUAGAAUAUUUGAGAAGUUUUUUUUUCCCACAAAUGUCACUUAAGAACAUUUAUGAACACUUCAGUGUUUGUCUUAAGAACCUUCGCUAGUUUUUUCUUAAGAACCUUUCCUGAAUCCGGCCUCUGAGUUCUGGUUCCGUACAUCUGCCUGUGAGCGACUGCGCUGCCCACAAACGCAUUCAGAUUUUUCUUGCUGUUGCUACGAUGGACCAGUUCUGCUGAAUUUUUCACGUUGGGUCGACACACCGUCUGUUUAGAGUUGCUAACACUGAGUGUCCAGUUUAUGCUACCAAGCUGGACGGUGGCAUUGUAGCUAAACUUGGCAGCUUGGAAACAGCAACGGUGAAUUGGCCACCAUGCUAAAGUCGGCUUGAUUGUGCACCAAAAAUCAAAGCAGGAAUACCUCAAAACUGUCGUUUAAAAUGACACUUCGUGAAAACUGAGCUGUGCUGUGGUUUCUCAUUGGGUUCAUAAGAUUUCUGUCAGCGUUCUGUAAAGCAGCAGUGACCGCAACAGAGUGCAUUUGUGGACAGAUCAUAGAUUCGAUUUUAGACUCCAGUCUACACUUUUGAUAAUACAGAAGCCUGACCAGGUUCUCGGGAACCUCCAGAUGGUCCACAUUUUUUGCUGUUUGGGUUGGAGCAUUGUGUGGACCGUGAUUGAGGACCUACUGGAGAACCACCGGAUGAGACUCUCCAGGGAUUUACGUUAUUUGUACUUGGUCAAAUGUGGGUUUCCUGCUAUCUAGAUCUUCUUUAAGUACAGCUCCAGCAGCAGAAGCAUGUGGUGGGCAGUGGCUGAGCUGAGCUAAUGGUUGAACUGUUUGAAUCUGGGCUCACUGUGAGUGAACAUUUCCAACUCCGCCUUUCAUCAGAUGUGAUGGUAUUUCUGGCUUUUGGGAUCACAUUGGCUUCCGUCAGACUGAUGGUGGGUCUUUUCGUUUGUUUGUUUUGGAUACUGCUUUUGUUAUUUAGUUCAGAAUCAGUUCUCUUCAGCCUGGAAGACGAUUCCAGACUCCACUACAGUGUCUUUUUCAUAUGUUAUUGUUAUGUAGAACUGAAUGAAAUGACUCCGUUAUUAGUCCAGUGCUUCGUGGAUUGACUGGCAGCAGUAAAUCCUGGGGUGUCUCUCUCAUGAAGGAGGAUUUCUUGCUUAGGGGGAUGACCGUUAAUCUUACCCUGGAUUUUUUUGUCUUUUUACCAGGCUACUUCACAGUACCAACUUUUGCCGCACACUGAACUUGUUCCAGGGUUUUACAGGUUACAGAAUUUCCAAAUUUCUGCUUAAUUAAAUUAAGAUGUAAACAAAGUCAUUCAGAGCGGUUGGGUGUGAAAUGCUCAGUUCUAGAGAAACUUGCCGAGUCAGAACUGUUCACAGUGGUGAUGAUGGGAGCCAGACGGCUGAAGGGUUUAGUGCUGUGUUCUAGAGAAACUUGCCGAGUCAGAACUGUUCACAGUGGUGAUGAUGGGAGCCAGACGGCUGAAGGGUUUAGUGCUGUGUUCUAGAGAAACUUGCCGAGUCAGAACUGUUCACAGUGGUGAUGAUGGGAGCCAGACGGCUGAAGGGUUUAGUGCUGUGUUCUAGAGAAACUUGCCGAGUCUGAACUGUUCACAGUGGUGAUGAUGGGAGCCAGACGGCUGAAGGGUUUAGUGCUGUGUUCUAGAGAAACUUGCCGAGUCUGAACUGUUCACAGUGGUGAUGAUGGGAGCCAGACGGCUGAAGGGUUUAGUGCUGUGUUCUAGAGAAACUUGCCGAGUCUGAACUGUUCACAGUGGUGAUGAUGGGAGCCAGACGGCUGAAGGGUUUAGUGCUGUGUUCUAGAGAAACUUGCCGAGUCAGAACUGUUCACAGUGGUGAUGAUGGGAGCCAGACGGCUGAAGGGUUUAGUGCUGUGUUCUAGAGAAACUUGCCGAGUCAGAACUGUUCACAGUGGUGAUGAUGGGAGCCAGACGGCUGAAGGGUUUAGUGCUGUGUUCUAGAGAAACUUGCCGAGUCAGAACUGUUCACAGUGGUGAUGAUGGGAGCCAGACGGCUGAAGGGUUUAGUGCUGUGUUCUAGAGAAACUUGCCGAGUCAGAACUGUUCACAGUGGUGAUGAUGGGAGCCAGACGGCUGAAGGGUUUAGUGCUGUGUUCUAGAGAAACUUGCCGAGUCAGAACUGUUCACAGUGGUGAUGAUGGGAGCCAGACGGCUGAAGGGUUUAGUGCUGUGUUCUAGAGAAACUUGCCGAGUCAGAACUGUUCACAGUGGUGAUGAUGGGAGCCAGACGGCUGAAGGGUUUAGUGCUGUGUUCUAGAGAAACUUGCCGAGUCAGAACUGUUCACAGUGGUGAUGAUGGGAGCCAGACGGCUGAAGGGUUUAGUGCUGUGUUCUAGAGAAACUUGCCGAGUCAGAACUGUUCACAGUGGUGAUGAUGGGAGCCAGACGGCUGAAGGGUUUAGUGCUGUGUUCUAGAGAAACUUGCCGAGUCAGAACUGUUCACAGUGGUGAUGAUGGGAGCCAGACGGCUGAAGGGUUUAGUGCUGUGUUCUAGAGAAACUUGCCGAGUCAGAACUGUUCACAGUGGUGAUGAUGGGAGCCAGACGGCUGAAGGGUUUAGUGCUGUGUUCUAGAGAAACUUGCCGAGUCAGAACUGUUCACAGUGGUGAUGAUGGGAGCCAGACGGCUGAAGGGUUUAGUGCUGUGUUCUAGAGAAACUUGCCGAGUCAGAACUGUUCACAGUGGUGAUGAUGGGAGCCAGACGGCUGAAGGGUUUAGUGCUGUGUUCUAGAGAAACUUGCCGAGUCAGAACUGUUCACAGUGGUGAUGAUGGGAGCCAGACGGCUGAAGGGUUUAGUGCUGUGUUCUAGAGAAACUUGCCGAGUCAGAACUGUUCACAGUGGUGAUGAUGGGAGCCAGACGGCUGAAGGGUUUAGUGCUGUGUUCUAGAGAAACUUGCCGAGUCAGAACUGUUCACAGUGGUGAUGAUGGGAGCCAGACGGCUGAAGGGUUUAGUGCUGUGUUCUAGAGAAACUUGCCGAGUCAGAACUGUUCACAGUGGUGAUGAUGGGAGCCAGACGGCUGAAGGGUUUAGUGCUGUGUUCUAGAGAAACUUGCCGAGUCAGAACUGUUCACAGUGGUGAUGAUGGGAGCCAGACGGCUGAAGGGUUUAGUGCUGUGUUCUAGAGAAACUUGCCGAGUCAGAACUGUUCACAGUGGUGAUGAUGGGAGCCAGACGGCUGAAGGGUUUAGUGCUGUGUUCUAGAGAAACUUGCCGAGUCAGAACUGUUCACAGUGGUGAUGAUGGGAGCCAGACGGCUGAAGGGUUUAGUGCUGUGUUCUAGAGAAACUUGCCGAGUCAGAACUGUUCACAGUGGUGAUGAUGGGAGCCAGACGGCUGAAGGGUUUAGUGCUGUGUUCUAGAGAAACUUGCCGAGUCAGAACUGUUCACAGUGGUGAUGAUGGGAGCCAGACGGCUGAAGGGUUUAGUGCUGUGUUCUAGAGAAACUUGCCGAGUCAGAACUGUUCACAGUGGUGAUGAUGGGAGCCAGACGGCUGAAGGGUUUAGUGCUGUGUUCUAGAGAAACUUGCCGAGUCAGAACUGUUCACAGUGGUGAUGAUGGGAGCCAGACGGCUGAAGGGUUUAGUGCUGUGUUCUAGAGAAACUUGCCGAGUCAGAACUGUUCACAGUGGUGAUGAUGGGAGCCAGACGGCUGAAGGGUUUAGUGCUGUGUUCUAGAGAAACUUGCCGAGUCAGAACUGUUCACAGUGGUGAUGAUGGGAGCCAGACGGCUGAAGGGUUUAGUGCUGUGUUCUAGAGAAACUUGCCGAGUCAGAACUGUUCACAGUGGUGAUGAUGGGAGCCAGACGGCUGAAGGGUUUAGUGCUGUGUUCUAGAGAAACUUGCCGAGUCAGAACUGUUCACAGUGGUGAUGAUGGGAGCCAGACGGCUGAAGGGUUUAGUGCUGUGUUCUAGAGAAACUUGCCGAGUCAGAACUGUUCACAGUGGUGAUGAUGGGAGCCAGACGGCUGAAGGGUUUAGUGCUGUGUUCUAGAGAAACUUGCCGAGUCAGAACUGUUCACAGUGGUGAUGAUGGGAGCCAGACGGCUGAAGGGUUUAGUGCUGUGUUCUAGAGAAACUUGCCGAGUCAGAACUGUUCACAGUGGUGAUGAUGGGAGCCAGACGGCUGAAGGGUUUAGUGCUGUGUUCUAGAGAAACUUGCCGAGUCAGAACUGUUCACAGUGGUGAUGAUGGGAGCCAGACGGCUGAAGAGUUUAGUGCCUCAUAAAGCUCCUUACAGAAAAAUAUUACAUGAAAUGGCUGUUAGUAACCGCCUGAUGUCUGAGACACUGUUUAACAAUAAUUUUGCAAUCAGGUUUUGGCAUCAAAUGUACUUUUUCUCAUCCAUUUAUGGUGGAGAGGUACAUGGAAGGCGUUACAAGGCAAAAUGGUCUGCAAAGAAAACUUAUUUGUCUAGAUUUAUCACAGUUUUACCAUCAUCACAUAUAAAAGCUCAGAGGACCUGUGCAGGUUCGCUGGUCUUUAUGGAUCGUAAAUGAAACGGUUAUAUUUGUAGACACAGUGACCAACAGUGAACAGUCUCGGGUCACUCUGAACGACUUUGCAUUUUAAUAAUUGAAUUAUGCAGAAAUUUCCCAUCAAGCUUGUAAUAGAUCAUAAACAAUUCUUGGACCAAUCAAAGCUCAGUUUCUGACCAAUCAGGGACAGCCUUCUGACGGAAGUGGUGCCCUCUGCUCUUUUUUGGGGUGGGUUAAUCACAGCCGGAGUAUCUGAAUCUCUGGAUUAACAGAUGAAGUGGUUAAUCACGGUUAUAAACUGUGUUUAUUAGGUUCUGGGAAGCUGAAUCUCCGUCAGGAACCCUGUGCGAGCUGAAUGUGCUUUGUGAGACGGAACCUGCCUCUUCAUUUAUGUUUGCUUAGUUUGAUUUGAAGGAAAUGACGGACUAGGUUUUGAAACACAGGUCCAGUUCAGUGGUGCAGCGUGACCGUCACCUCGUACUCAACACUACAAAAACAAUUCCUAAACUAUUUAGCAUUCAAAUGGUUUUACUGACAAACUGUCACAUUUGUAUUCACGUAUGUUACACAUGUAAGAAAUAAAGUACUUAUUUUGUUGAAUUUAA